UAUACCAGCUCAAACCUUCUCGCUGGCAAAAAAACCAUGGAGUACGAAAUAACAGGCCUGCUUUUAGGCAUAUUAGUGCUAUGGAUUACAUGGGAUUUGGUCAGGGAGCGUCACCACAGACCACUGGAGGAGCUACGCAGGCUGCCACCGGGACCACGGCGGUGGCCGGUGGUCGGCAACAUAUUUCAGUUGGGCCAACCCCCACACAAAUCCUUCGCCGAACUGGCCCGCAAGCACGGUCCAAUCAUGACACUCUGGCUGGGCUCCAUGUGCACCGUCGUAAUCUCCUCCAGUGAAAUGGCUCGCGACAUGUUCAAGAACCACGACGUCGUUUUAGCUGGCCGGAAGAUCUACGAGGCCAUGAAAGGCGACCACAGCAACGACGGCUCCCUCAUAACCGCCCAGUACGGGCCCCACUGGCGCAUGCUUAGGCGGCUGUGCACAGCCGAGAUAUUCCAGCCGAGUCGACUCGACGCCAUGCGGGCGGCACGUGACCGGUGCAUCGACCGGAUGGUCCGGUUCGUGGCGGAGGCAGGCGCAGAUGGGACGGCACCGGUGGACGUGGGCAGGUUCUUCUUCUUAAUGUCUUUUAACCUCGUCGGGAAUCUCAUGUUCUCGAAGGACUUAUGCGACCCGACGUCGGAUCGGGGAGCUGCGUUCUUCUACCACGCAGGGAAGGUGAUGGAGUGGGCGGGGAAGCCGAACGUUGCAGACUUUUUGCCCAUUUUGAGACGGGUCGACCCGCAAGGGAUAAGGAAGACGACCCAGUUUCAUGUCGAGCAAGCCUUUGAGAUUGCGGGUGGGUUCAUUAAGGAAAGGGUCGAUGGAAAUGGGGGUGGUGAGAGAAAGGGGAAGGACUACUUGGAUGUGCUUCUGGAGUUUGGUGGUGAUGGCGAGGAGCCCUUGAGUCUCUCUUCCAGAACAAUCAACGUCAUAAUCUUUGAGAUGUUCACCGCGGGGACCGACACAACCACAAGCACAUUGGAGUGGGCGAUGACCGAGCUCCUCCGCAACCCACGCACCCUAACCAAAGUCCAAGCUGAGCUGAGGAGCGUCGGCGGCGGCCCACCUGACGGGAAGCUCACGGAAGACGACAUAGAAAGCGUACCCUACCUCAGAGCAGUCAUCAAGGAGACUUUGAGACUUCAUCCGCCUCUCCCUUUCCUCGUCCCUCACAUGGCCACGCAGAUGUGCAAGAUCCAAGGCUACUACAUCCCCAAAAAGACACAAAUUCUGGUGAAUGUAUGGGCCAUUGGGCGUGACCCCAAGACGUGGGAAGACCCUCGAGAGUUCAAGCCAGAGAGGUUCUUGGAGCCCAACACGCAGCUGGAUUUUAAGGGACACCAUUUUCAGUUCAUACCGUUUGGGUCCGGGCGGCGAAUGUGUCCCGCGGUUCCGCUCGCCUCGCGCGUGCUCCCGCUGGCUCUGGGAUCUCUCUUGCGGCACUUUGAUUGGGUUCUGGCCGACGGGCUUAAGCCGGAGGACAUGGACAUGACCGAAAGAAUGGGGAUAACGCUCAGGAAAUCUGUUCCCUUGAGGGCUAUACCAGUUCCGCAGAGAGUUAAAAAGUGA